AUGGCCGCUCGUCGGGGACACGGAGAUGACGAGCUUUACCUUGAAAGUCCAAAUGGUGGCGGAGAUAGUCCAACUAUUGAGCCAUUGAGAAUCAGCAAACCGCCAUCUACAAGCCCGCCUCGAGCUGGCUCGGCCGGUCCGAGUCACUACAAUUACCCACUACCGCAGCCCUCGAAGCACUCUUUUCCCCUACCACCGGGAGCUUCCAGUUCUGCCGCACCUCUACCAUAUCCGGAUGAUGAAGGGACGUUUCAAUAUCCCCGACCAGCGGAACAAAAAGUCUAUCGUGCUCCAUACCCAGAUGACGGCCGACAGAGCCAAGGCUCCCUGCAUCAAUCAACCACAUCCCCGCCACCAAGAACAAAUUCCAACGAUCUAUACGAUACAACUCUGAGAUUAGGGGCUAGUCCUACAGGCAAGAGAGGGCCUCGUUUGGCAGAGAGGCGAGGGACAGCCCCGAAACCACUCCCAGAGUCGCCGGGCCCCGACGCCCCAGACAAAGAGGGGCUCUUCGCACGAGCACCACAAAGGCCACCCAACACAAUGGCAGCACAGGGGCAAUCGUACCCACAGAAUGAGGGGCUCAUUGCACCCCAGCCUACAAAGCUCGAUCGCUUCGACUCGACCGCCUCUACAUCUACAACGAGAGCUUCAAGAGGGUCUCCUGCCCCGCCAGAGACACCAAUUGUAGGCCCAGGAGAGGCCGGUGGGAGUAUUGAGGAGCGCUACGCAGCUGCAGGAAUUUCUGGCACUGCUACUUUAAGCAGCCUCCAGGCUCAGAACGCCGCCGCGGCACAGCGUCGAAACCAAUAUGCGCCUCCACCAGUUCCCCAGAUGCCCAUGUCUCCAGCAUUUUCUCCAGCUCCGCAGCAGCCACAGCAGCCUCAGCCACCCAUGUCACCAGCGUUCUCUCCGGCUCCGCAGCAAAAUCAGGCUCCGGCGCGUCCUUGGACACCGACGGAGUUACCGGCAGACCAAUCUCACGGUGCGCCAACGGUUUACCAGGGCGCAAACCAAGUCUCGUCGCUGCCUCAUCCAGAGCAAGCUCGACAGGACUCGGGUGGCCGUGCAUCUAAACCACCAAAUGCGCUGGAGCAAGAUUUCCAGCGAAUGCAUAUGUCGGCUUCGCCACCCCCGGCUUACUCCAGUGUCAGUCACGGAGGGCCAUCAAAUGGUACUACAGCUCAAGGAUAUCCCAAUGAAAAGGCUGGUGCAGCUGGUGCAGCUGGUGCGGGGGCUGUUGCGGGGGCUGUUGCAGUAGCUGCCGCAGCCGCAACGGUGGCAGCAGCAGCACCGAAAAAGACUGACUAUGCUCAGCCAUUGGCAUCUCCUGCUUUGCAGCACCCAGGACACCCGGCAUUCGCAAAUGACCCGAGGCAAGAACAAAAUACUCCAGUUCAGCAAUUUGCGAACCCUGCUCCAUUCACGGGCACUAUAGGCCCAGCCUCACCGCCCCCGAUGCCCGAGGGAUGGAUCGCUCAUCUAGACCAGAAUUCUGGCCAGUACUACUAUAUCCACCUCGCAACUCAAGCCACGCAAUGGGAGUUCCCCAAGGGACCAACUCCACUGAAUCAUGAUGUUGCACCUCUAUCUCCAACAGCCUCAACAUAUGGAAACCAGCUAAUGUCACCGGGGCUCAUGUCACCAGGCCUUAGCCAAUUUGGAAAACAGCCGUUGGGAUCGCCUGGUCUGUUCCCGCCGCAGACACCAGGGUAUGCGGAGAGCAUAAUGAGCAGCAUGUCUCAAGCAACGACCGCAGGGGGAUUCAGCGGCCCACCUCCAAGUGCUGGUGUUGAUAUGUAUAAGAUUGCGCCGACGAAUGGUGUAUAUUUUGGUCCUUACCUGAAAUACAUCAACAUGGAUAUCGAAAGGGGGAUAUGGCUCGGAUCUAUCAUGCUUGUUACCGACGGCCCACAACCACCAACCAUCCAUAUUCACCAAAGUACUGAUUUGUCUUCCAAUCCCAGACAGCUAAAGGCAAAUUCGAUAUAUACGCAUCAGCGAUGGGUCUUUUAUCGGUAUGAUAUUGAUCUCCAGAUGGGUGACGGACCUGGCGACAAAUGGACAUAUGCGAUCACGUCCCAUCUAGGAUGCACACGCUAUGAAUUCCUGGUCGCUGGCCGCUACGAAACCAACUGGCGUUUCAUUGCUCAUUCUGGUAACGAUUUUACCAUGAGCACCAAUGCAAACGAGCGAAGUCGCCUUGGAGGAAUCGGGUUCAUGUGGAAGGAUAUUUUACAGAAGAAUGUCGAAACCGGCGGAUUCCAUGUACAGCUUGGUCUCGGUGAUCAGAUAUACGGCGACAGAAUAUGGAAGGAAGUUCCGUUACUGAAGCAGUGGCUUGGUCUGCCUGGAAAGGAGGCUCGCAAGAGCACUCCAUGGACAGCAAAGCACGAAGAGGAUGUCUCACAUUCCUAUUUCCAUUAUUACACUAGCCACUUUGACCAGCCAUACCUGCGAGAAGCAUUCGCCCAGAUCCCGCAUGUCCUAAGCAUUGAUGAUCAUGACAUUUUCGAUGGCUUUGGCUCCUACCCCGAGUACAUGCAGGGCUCGCAUAUGUUUAGGAACAUCGGCCGCAUUGGCAUUGAGAUGUACCUCCUCUUCCAGCACCACACAACCCUCGAGCUCCUACGUAAUGUCAAUGACGAUAUUGACCUAUUUACCAUUACUGGCACCGGUUGGCACUUUGUCAAAUACCUUGGCCCAGCCGUCGUCGUCAUUGGGCCUGACGGCCGAUCAGAGCGUACCCAGCAGCAGGUGAUGGCUGGACCAACAUACCAAGGGAUCUUCCCCAAAGUCGCCACACUUCCUCCAUCAGUCCAGCAUUGCAUCUGGAUGGUCCCAGUUCCGAUAGUGUACCCACGCCUCGAAACAAUGGAAUCUCUUGCCAACACAGUCGCAACAGGAAAGAAAGCUGUGAACACCACCUACAACCUGUUGGGUAAGGUGACGAGCAGCGUUGCAGGUGUCGUGGGUGGCAAGGAAAUCGUUUCCAGCGGCUUCUCACAAGUCAAGAAGGCCGUAGGAAAGUCCGGCCUUAUGGGUGGUGUGCUCAACAGCUUUGGCGAUAUGGACAUCAUCGAGGAGCUGCGUGACAUGUGGACACACGAUUCCAAGGACCUGGAGCGCACCUACCUGAUCCGCACGCUACAAGGCAUCGCACAACAGAAAGGCAUCCGGAUGACCUUUCUCUCUGGCGACGUCAACUGCUGCGGCGCCGGUCUCCUCCACGACCCCAGCCACCCCAACGACCACAAAACAAUGUACCAAGUAAUCUCCUCCUCCAUCGUCGCCGCCCCCCCACCCAACUACGUCCUCAAGAUGCUCCACAACACCAAAGCCCUCUACAUCCCCGCCAACGGCCGCCGCUCCAACCACGCCGCCAGCGACACCAAGGAGGACAUGAUGGAGAUCUUCCAAUCCGAGGUGAGCGGCGCGCCGCGCGAGCUCAAGCGCCUCAUGGGCCGGCGCAACUACGUCGCGUUCGUGGCGUAUGACCCGCAUGAUCUGAAUAUGGGCAUGAGUCAGGCGGGUAGUGUGCACUCGGAUGGGCAGGGACUGAGUAAGUUGAGCUUGGCGGUGGAUUAUGUGGUGCAGGGGGAUGGGGCGUUUAAUGCGCCGACGAAGUAUGGGCCGGUUAUUAUUCCGAGCUUGGAGUUUGGACGCUGA